UGGAACAUAGCCAAAGUUGUUAUGUAUUAUGUGACUUUAUUUUAUAUAUUGAUUAUUGAUGUAUUCAACCGCAAAUAAACCGGCUAACUGAAUAGACUAACGAUAAACAUAAAAAUGAAGACCUUGAAGAUCUUGAAAGGAUAAGUUGCCAAGGAUGAGCUGCUGCUUAGAAUCAGACAAUGAUAUAAUAUUUACCAACAUAAGAAAUGUACACAAUACACUUAACAAAGUAGAUAAGAUUUUAACGCAAGAUUUUAACAAUGCAAAAUAUAUAAACAAAAUACAAAUAGUCCUUAUAAGAACAUAUACCUAUUUAAUUAAAACUUGUUAAAGAAUCCUAAAAGUCCAGUAUUUAAAAAGUUAAAUAAACGUGCAAACUCUGUAGACAAGGCUCAAAAAGAUACAUAUUUACAAAGAAAGAGGACAAUUAGUAUUCUGUAAUAAAGUUUGCUUUACAAAGAUUGUAAAGAUAUCUUUUUAUCAAUGGUGAAUACACAAGAAGAUGACGGAGGGAUGAUUAUGGAUCCAGUGACAGAUUCCCUUUCCAUUAGUGAUUGUGAAAAGGAAGAUUCCAAUACAUUUGCAAAUUCAUGUUCAAUGUCUCGCAAAAGACGUAGAAUUGAAACAUCACAAUUUCAAAUAAAAUGGCAAAAAUCUGAAUGUAAUUUUAAGAAAGACACAUAUAAGUUGAAUAUAGAAGAGAAACGUCUUUUAAAAAAGUUGAAUAAUUUUGAAGAAUGGGAAGAAAUGCCAUUAAUUAACAUAAAGAAACUACUAGAACUACAUAUAAAAUUAAUACAUAAAGUACCACCACAACAUAAAAUAGAGCUUUCUGGAUCUCAUGCGCCAACAAAGGAAGAGAAAAUAUUAUUCCAGAAACAUGGACCAAUUCGAAAAGGUUCAUAUAGACCUAUAGAGGACAAAAUUAUCAGGAAAAACUGGAACACAUUCUGCGAGCUCCAUGACUGGGAUCCAGAGAAUCCGAAGCCAUUUCUUUAUUGGAGACACAAUGGCAGAUAUUAUAUAAACGACAUAGAAGAGAGACAAAGAUUCGUUCAAUUUUUGGCAAAUGGAUUACCUUGGCGAACUCUCUACAGUGUUUAUUCUAGAUUUAAAGUAUUAUAUUGUAAUAAAAUCACUUAUAAUCGUUAUACCGCUAAGGAAGACAAAAAAAUUUUAACAUACAUAGAAAAUGAAUAUCUUGAUAAACGUUGUACUAAAUAUAGUGAAUUAGCAAAAUUAUUAAGACGAACCAACCGAUCGAUUUUUAAACGAUAUCAAUAUCUCAAAAAUCAAACUCUAGAUAAAUCAGAAACGGAAUCGUUAGUUGACGUUAAAUGGACGUUACCACUGAUAAAAAAAUUUAUAAAAACUUUACUCAGUGUGACAAUAAGUGAAGAUAUAAAAGAACUUAAAGAUGCUACGCUUCCUAAACCAGUGUGGCAAAAAAUGGAGGAAAAUCUUAAUAUAAACGAGAAUGUCUUAAGAACAUUUUGGCAGCACCAGUUACACCUGCAAUUAUUCAGCACGGAUCCUAUUUAUUUAAACGACAUUAAGAUACAAUUAAUUGAAUAUAUGUAUGCAAAAGGAAUAUCCAAUACUCGCGAAAUUAUAUGGCCCAAUGUUGCGCGACACUUCGACGGAGCAACUGCAGUAUUCCUUUGCAAAGUUUUUUUUUAUCUUGUUCAAGAAUGCAAAACUGAUACGGAUAAUUUCGCCGAUGUUGUGGAAUACUUAUAUCAUACUAAGAUUCCUGAAAUUCAAAAUGCAUAUACCGAUAAAUUCUUACCUAGAAUUAUCUAUGAAAAUGGGAAAAUUUCUUUGCUAAACGGAAACUAGUAACAAUACUAAUUCUACUGAUAGUUAAUUUGUAUAAAAAAAGC